AUGAACGCCGCUCAAGUCCUCACUCGCCGAAUGGUGACCAUGGGUCCCAGACUCACCACCCCUGUCAGAUACUCAUCCUCCGCAAUCUCACACAGCGGCAGGAUGACAAAGGGUGAACGGGGUAUGAUGCGGAGCAUCUUCGGAGCCUGCACCCUGGCCACCGCGACCGGUGUCCUGUAUGCCGUAAGUGUUCUCGAUCUCGUCUUGGAGAUGCUUCCCAUCGACGUUACUGCCUCGAGCAGCGAGUCGCUGCACGAUCUGGUGGAAGACAGAACGCCCGGUUCGCAAGGAAGCGCUCCUCCCUCGACAGCACCAAAUGGUUCGCCGAGGGUGCCGACAACAGACUAUUCAAGUAAUAAACAGCUCCAGCUCGUUUGA